UUCCCAUGUAUGUAACGGGAAGGCGUACCUAUGUCACAAUAUGGCGGUCGAGCUCAUUUCCUUCCUGAUUUGACGGCUUCACGGCAGGCGCCCCCCAAGAAUUGAGCAUCACUUCACCUCGACCUUCACUUCAACACCCUCCCCUCAACCAUCGCGUUCAACCAGAUACUUGAAUCUGUCAUCCUCCCGGAAUGCAACGAAGAAGAUGUCUGAAGAUACCAUCGACGAUGAGGUGGAGCUCAUCGAUCUCUCACAUCGUGCUGAAAUCAUCGCUAAGGAUCUGAACAAGCUGUUUGAGAAAUGUGGCAAUGACAUCGCCUCGGCCGACAUCUCCAAUGCCGCUGACGAACUCUCACGCCUGUCUACCGUCCUCAGUGACCUUGUACAGGCUGUAAAUGCUGCAAAAGACCAGUACACCGAAACCUUCAACCAGGAUCUCAGGGAGAUAUGUCGUCAACUGGAAAGCAUAUUCGAAGACGUCGAGGAUUGUUGUCAGGAGGUGCACAAAACAGCGGUUGGAUGGCUGCGAAAGAGGAAAUAUGUGGUCAAGCUACACAAACACAUGGAAGCAAACAUUCGUACCCUGAUUGUCAUGCGUACUGUGCUUCUUCAUGGCAUCCAGUACGGCCUGCAGAAAUCAGAAGGACGCCUGGCAGAAUCAGCACCUCAUGUGCUCCAAGAAGAUCAUGUCAUCCUGGAGGCCGUCUUUGCAACCAGGCACGCCAUUACGAAUCUGAAGGAGAGCCCGAUAAAAUCCCAUCGGCAUACAUCAUCCAAUUCCUCCGCAGAAGGGUCCAUCGACACUCCUACUUUUGAGCCAGGUGCCCAUGGUCGGAACCUUUCGUCGGCUACUGGAGUCGACGUAUCUCCAUUCGAGGACGUUCUGCCUCCCAGCAGUAGCGCUGGCGGCAAGCAGAGAAGCAACGACGAUGCUUUGACACAACGGUUUUCGAAACGAGGUGUCCGCCUGGCAGUUCACAGCUCCUUCUUGGAUCAUAAUGCGCAUGAUGUACCAAAUGCCCUCAAAAGGAGAUGGAUGCACAACGCUCGGGCUCGAAACAGUAGCGACCAAACCAAUGCCGGCAGUAUCUUGAACGCCCCGCUCAGCACCAUCGCCGAAUGUAACUCAACCUCAACCCCAGAUGAAGUUGUUGGAGGUGAAGUCGAUGAUCCGUUCAGCCCCAACCCGAAUGAAGGCCCUUCCAAGGGAGCACGUCAAAGACUGUCAGCAGAAAGCAGCAGUGAGGAGUCCACGGACGCAAAUGUCUCAAAGGCCAAGAAGAUGAGUCGCACAUUGUUGGCUAUGCCAAUGGGAAAGUCAAUCGGCAGAGCUAUCCGACGGCUACGCUCCACCAACCUGAACCAGAGUGAGAGCAAGGACAAGGACAACACUGAGGAGUCAGAACCUGACAAAAGUCUUGACAACAGCCCCGACAGGAGCCCAGACAACAGUCCCGAAAAGAGUCCGACGAAGAGCCCCAGCAAGCGCAACAGCUCUGACAAGACAGGCUGGACCUAUCGAUUUACCAAGCGCUUCGAAAGGCCUGAACUCACCACUCCUGACUACAACAAGGAUUCCGAAAACAUGACAAUGCGUUAGUCGGGAGGAGGUGGACGACAAGGCUGUCAAAAGGUUCAUGGGACAAUCGCGAGGUUAUUUGGAAGACUACUGGGGAGAAUCGGAUGAGAAGUGUCAACUGGGCACUUCGUGAUUCUGCAUCAUUCGUUUAGAAUCAAGUACACAGCAUGAUUUGAUGAUAGCA